GGCAACAUUGUUUCAAGUUGGACAAAUUGACAAGAGCGAGAGAAACACUGCGUUCCAUCCCGACUUGGGGCCGAGGUGCUGAGCCCUGUAUUUCCCUCCUUGGUCCCCCGAGAGCCGGGGCCCGCUUUCCGCAGGGUUCCCAGGCCGCCCCCUCCUGGGCCGGGCUGACCCGGCUCGCUAGCGCUUCAUGGAGAACUUCCAAAAAGUGGAAAAGAUCGGAGAGGGCACGUACGGAGUUGUGUACAAAGCCAAAAACAAGUUGACGGGAGAAGUGGUCGCGCUUAAAAAAAUCCGCCUGGACACUGAGACGGAGGGUGUACCCAGUACUGCCAUCCGGGAGAUCUCUCUGCUUAAGGAGCUUAACCACCCUAAUAUUGUCAAGCUGCUGGAUGUCAUCCACACAGAAAACAAACUCUACCUGGUUUUUGAGUUUCUGCACCAGGAUCUCAAGAAAUUCAUGGAUGCCUCUGCUCUCACUGGCAUUCCUCUUCCCCUCAUCAAGAGCUAUCUGUUCCAGCUGCUCCAGGGCCUAGCUUUCUGCCAUUCUCAUCGGGUCCUGCACCGAGACCUCAAACCUCAGAAUCUGCUUAUCAACGCAGAGGGGGCCAUCAAGCUAGCAGACUUUGGACUAGCCAGAGCCUUUGGAGUCCCUGUUCGUACUUAUACUCAUGAGGUGGUGACCCUGUGGUACCGAGCACCUGAAAUCCUUUUGGGUUGCAAAUACUACUCCACAGCUGUGGACAUCUGGAGCCUGGGCUGCAUCUUUGCUGAGAUGCACCUAGUGUGUACCCAGCACCAUGCUAAGUGCUGUGGGGAACACAGAAGAAAUGGAAGACACAGUCUCUGCCCGCUGUGCUCCUAUCUAGAAGUGGCUGCAUCACAAGGAGGGGGGAUGACCGCAGUGUCUACCCCACACCCCGUGACCCGGCGGGCCCUAUUCCCUGGAGAUUCUGAGAUUGACCAACUCUUCCGGAUCUUUCGAACUCUGGGGACCCCAGAUGACUCGGUUUGGCCAGGAGUUACUUCCAUGCCUGAUUAUAAGCCAAGUUUCCCCAAGUGGGCCCGGCAAGAUUUUAGCAAAGUUGUGCCUCCCCUGGAUGAAGAUGGACGGAGCUUGUUAUCGCAAAUGCUGCACUACGACCCCAACAAGCGGAUUUCGGCAAAGGCAGCUCUGACUCACCCUUUCUUCCAGGAUGUGACCAAGCCAGUACCCCACCUUCGACUCUGAUUUCCUUCCCUAAGCCACCACUCCUAGGCUCACCUUCUCCUCCGGGAGGGGGUGUGGCGGGGGGGGGGGGUCUGAUCUGGCUUGGCCCUGGGCUAUUUGCCCUCCCAUCUUGUCUGGCUGCCUUAACACUCACCUUCUCCUCUCAGCCAGCCAACUCUGGAGAUACACAGGUGUGGAGGGGAAAAAUGGGUGAAAAUGAAAGGAAGCUUCAGUAUUAGAUGCACUUAAGUUAGCCUCCACUACCCUCUCCCCUCCUCUUCCUUGUCGCUGAGGAGGGCUGAUAUUUAAAAAAAAACCUGACUCUUUCCCCUCCCCCCACAUAGGGUUUGCCAUCCCAGUCUCUGAAAGUCCCGUAGUUAUUGUUUCCCGUGUUUGGGACAGCGGAGACCCCAAGCCUCCUGCAGCCACUGUGUUUGUAAGGCCAACUGAUACCAAGGGGGAACUUUUGAAAACCAAGCAAAACAAAAAUAUAGGAAGGGGCCUGUUUUAAAGAAUUAGGUUAAAAAAUAGAUCCAACCAGUUUAUACCUUAAUUUUAGUGUUUCAUCUCCCCUAACAGUCUGGGAGACUCAAGACUCCCACCCAGUCUCCACAGUCUGCAGUAGAAAUGAUGGCCCCUACACCGCUUGUCUGUCUCUCCUAUGGGCAAGGGUGUCUUCAGAGCUCUGGGACAGGCAUUGUGCUUCACUGUGGCCUUAUGAGGCAAGUGAAAGAUGUUCGAAUUUUUCUCUUCCUGUUAAGAGUCUUAAUUCUUCAGGCGCCAGGGAUCCUGGCUCCUGUCUUCCUCUAAAGGCCAUCCUGUAGGAGUGGAAGUUAGGCUUUAGACAUCAUUUUGAGAAUGCUGACACUUUUUUAGGGCUGUGACUGAGCGAGGCCAUUGGAAAAAAAUAUUUCUUUAAGAGAAGGAUGAACAAUUAUAUUUAUAUUUCAGGUUAUAGUAGUUUUUUAAGUCGGAGUGGGUGGAUUUGUUGCCGUGCACACCUUGGGGUUUUGUAAUGCGAAUGUUUAAAAAAAAAGCAUUUUUUUCUUUCUAUGAUUUUGUCUCUCUUCUCCCACCUCUUGUCCUUGAGUGUUCUUGCUAUUAACAUUAUUUGUAAUUUAGUUUGUAAUUCAUUAAAAAAAAGUUCCUCAUUUUAUAGUUCA